AUGCAUAUGGCGGCCAAAGGGAGGUUAAAAGGAGAUACAAGGCCAUCACACGAAACAAGGCGGCCACCACUUGGGAAUGACACAGGAGGGUUAUUAAAACAAUUCGGUCGAAGAAAAUCUCAAUUGGCCCGAGUGGAUUCGAAGAAAUUCAAUCCAGGACAUUUCUCUCGGCCAUACCGCGCACAAGGAGACCAAUUACGGCCAACUCCUAAACGGCGUGACCAAAGUCCACCAAACUUCACAGGCGACCAAAAUUCAAAAAAAGAUAGGACGGAGAAAUCAUCACGGAUCAUGAGAUAG